AUGGCCCCACCACUUCGGCCUAUACUUAGCAAAGGGAAGAAUCAAAGACUCAGUCACUCCAGUACUUCCACGCAGGGCUCUCCCUCAGUCUCUCAACCUCAGCACACACAGCUAUCAGGGAGUCCAACCACUCUUGCACCAGAACCCCAAAACCCUGCUGUAUCUGAUCAAUAUUAUCCUUCCACCGGAGGUUUUUCGAUCAUUCAACAACCCCAGCCACCUACAAGGGCCUCACAGGAGCAUGCCUUCUCAUUCAUUAACACCACGCAAACCACAUUCAAUGCUCCCGCUUCCGGAAAUAUCACAUCUAAUGCUCCUGCUACUACCCGCACCAUUCGCACUGCUGUCAGUAAUAGCCAUACCACUUCCACUGGUCCUACUAGCACCUACAACGCCCCCAUCGCUCCCGCCGCUCCUAGGGUUCCUACUUCCCCUCAACCCACGGCCGAGGAACUCCGCAAACGCCGCGAAGCACGCAGACAAGAACUCCGCGCAGACAUUAGCGCAAAUUACCGCCACUAUUUGGAAGUCCUCCAACUGAUACCUCUGGACUGGAGUAGCGGCGAGCGCCCAGACCCGUAUCUAAAGAGCCUACUCGCAAAUCGGAUGAUGCCACAGGAUAGAGAGUGUGAGCUUGCGCUUGCGAUUACCUUUGCAAAGGAGAAUUGGUGGCAUUUUGCGACGUUCCCGGAGGACGUAAAGAAGUACGCAGAGUUGGAGAGGGACAAGAGGAGGAGGGAGUGGGAGCAGAGGCAGAAGGAAUUGGAGCAGUGGCAGAGACAGAAGGAAUUGGAACAGUGGCAGAGGGAGCGGCAGGGGAGGCAUUAA